UCUAAUGUAUUGAAAGUUCCUGGAAAUUGGCUGCUAUCGUUUUAGACACAAGACCAAUAUAUAUCGACGAGUUCACAGUAUUGUAUGCACAUCACAAUUAAGUAGAACAAACGGGCAACGGGAGAAAACAUGUUUAGAAUCCUUGCAGCAUGGAUACCGUUAUAUUUCUUAGUAUGUGUUUGUUUCCAAGAAAGUAGGGGAACACAAAUCGGAACCGUUUAUUACGGCGGUGUAAAGGGGGUCGAACUAUCUUCGACGAAUAACACUGGAAACGUUGAUCAUAGAAUGGAUAUAAUGGAUAAACCUAAUUCUCCAACAGUUCAUCAUUUUGCCAGACAUGGACUCUGCAGUCACACGAAUGGGAAGGUUCGGUUUUACAAGGCCUUGGGAAAACACUUUCAAAACAUUUCAGCUACGAUGAUAAUCUACUUCGUCCUUGACCUUUGUGAGAGAAAAGAUGAGAUGCUAGACAGCUGGGUCAAAGAAAUAUUUGAUAAAGACGGUGACGGUUUCAUCAGUCACUUCGAGAAGGAUCUAAUUAGGGAUUGAUUAUCAUGCUGAAAGCGGAUUGGCUUUGAAUCGAUCGUCAAGGUUGGAACAUAGUUGUCUGUGAAAUAAUCACCAUGUCGGCGAUUGAUGUGGGAGAUAAAAACAGUUUCCUUGUUUAUUGCGAUGUAAACCCGAUAUUUGGAGCCAUUUGCUGAAUACGGGCUGUUUAUCUCAACGUUUUUCUUUUGAUUUACCAGUGACAAAUUACGAACGAUUUAUAUUUUCAUGUUGUCGUAAUGUGUUGUAGUUGUAAAUAAAAAGUGACAACCUAUUUCUUUAUUACCGGUGCAUAUGUUCUGCUCAUAUUUAAUUGGUUCAAAUUUAUUUUUAUGGUGUAAGUCAGAUUCUAUGUGAGACGCUGUCAAUAUUGUGUUAACGUGUUGAAAAAGGUUUUAUUUUCAAAAUAAUUUUGAAACUUGAUUGCUAUCAAUUAUUACAAACGUAUCUGCUAGUUAAAGUACUCGCAAUUCAGCCCCAAGAUCGAACUUAUGAACAAUUAUCGUUGAACAUGUUAGAUUUGAUUGAUGUGAACACAAAGGGAACAUGCAACACGUUCAAUAGUCACGCAAGGUUCCGGAUAUACAGUUUGCAAGAAUGCAUUACAUUUUAUUCAUAAGUGGUUUUUAAACAUUGCUAUUGCAUAGUACAUCAUAUUUUAACUUGU